UAGGAAGGCGUGGCUGGGGCCUUCCUAUCACCAUUAUGGCAAAAUCAGUAAUAUGGUCAUUGCUAUGAAAUGCUGGCACAUGCACAUAGUUUCAUGUUUUUUAUGGCCAUGGUUACUGCUGACCAUCCUGAGCUUUAAUUUGGUGCAGUCGAUUCAUUUUUGCUCAAUGUGACUGUUUGCAAAUCUCCUUGAUUUCACAAUCCUUAUUAGUUUCUAUUGUGCUACAAAUUAAUGGUAAGAAAGCACAUCAACUUUCUUAACGCAUUUCAAACACCUGGGAACUUUGAUGAAUCAUAAGCUGGAUGAGCUCCUGCAUCACUGAAAUUUCAAUAAAGUGCAGGAAGCUAGAUUUACUGAGAGGAAGCUUUUAUUUUACAGUGCACUUGCAGUGAUACAAAACAGAGGUUUAUUGCUGGCUGCAAGUUUGGGCACCCCUGCAUUACACCAACUCUCUGCAUGUCCUUCACUACAUCCAUUAAUUUUCUCUGUGGUCAUCCCCAUCAUUUCCUGCCUGGCAGCUCCAUCUUCAGCAUCCUUUGUCCAGUAUAGCCACUGUCCAUCCUCUGCACAUGUAAAACCAUCUCAGCCUCACUGCUCUAACUUUGUUCCCCAACCACUCAUUUCUAAUCUUGUCCAUUCUGUUCGUUCCCAGUUUAAAUCUGUACAUUUUCAACUCUGCCACCUCCAGCUCCACCUCCUGCUUUUUGGUGCCACCAUCACCACCUUCUCCAACCUGCCUGUAUUCACCUCUUCACCUCUGUUGUGCACUGACUGUUGCUUUCUAGGGUUGACCUCAGGUAAUUCAUCUAUCUUGAUGACUUCUGCCCCUUUGCACCUUCUCUGUUAUACCUCUAAUUCACACAUGUAUUCUGUCUUGCUUCUACUGACUUUCUCUCCUAACUGACAUCUCACCUGUGGGGGUGUAUGUACUGAGUAUAUUCGACAUCAACCCUUCAAUCCAGCAAAGUGCAUCAACAGUAGUUGCCUUCACACUCUCAGCGGUGACCUCAGCUGAGGUGGAGAUGUCUGAGAAUUAAACACUCAGAGAAGAACCCACAGUGCAAAUGUGGAGCGGGUGGAGGUCUGGCUGUUGGGGCCAUGAUCCCAGGCAUCCCACAGAGGUAGACUCCAUCAUCGUGUGUUCCAACAUUGUGAAUAGUGAGUCAGCUUGGUUCUUUUCUCCGUUCCAUAUUUCCUGAUGGGCAUCAGCCUCUGGUCUUCCAGGUUCCAGGCAGCUGGGAGGGACUCAUCAGGGAGGGAAAGAUGACUACAAACCUGCAGCAACAUCUGAACAUGGGGCAAAAAAAAGCAAGAAGCCUAGAAAGAAGGACAUGGAAGAGCUGAAGAAAGAAGUUGACCUGGAUGAUCACAGGUUAACCUUGGAAGAACUUACCAGGAAAUAUGGAACUGACUUAACCAGGGGUCUUUCCUCCUCCAGAGCAAAAGAGAUCCUGGCUCGAGAUGGCCCCAACGCCCUCACUCCUCCUCCCACGACGCCUGAAUGGGUCAAGUUCUGCAAACAGCUGUUUGGUGGUUUCUCCAUGCUGUUGUGGAUCGGCGCCGUGCUCUGCUUCUUGGCUUACAGUAUCCAGGCUGCUGCAGAAGAUGAACCAGCAAAUGAUAAUUUGUACCUAGGUAUUGUGCUUUCUGCUGUUGUCAUCAUCACUGGUUGCUUCUCCUACUACCAAGAGGCCAAGAGCUCCAAGAUCAUGGAGUCCUUCAAGAACCUGGUCCCACAGCAAGCCCUGGUUAUCCGUGAUGGCGAGAAGAAGAGCAUUAGUGCUGAGGAAGUGGUGCUUGGAGAUUUAGUGGAGGUGAAAGGAGGAGACAGGAUCCCUGCUGAUUUGAGAAUCAUCUCUGCUCAUGGCUGCAAGGUGGACAACUCCUCCCUGACUGGUGAGUCAGAGCCCCAGACUCGUUCUCCAGACUUCUCCAAUGAAAACCCACUGGAAACCAGGAACAUUGCUUUCUUCUCCACCAACUGUGUAGAAGGUACAGCCAGAGGAAUCGUCAUCAACACUGGAGAUAAUACUGUCAUGGGCCGUAUCGCCACCCUUGCUUCCAGUUUGGAAGGUGGCAAAACUCCCAUUGCUAUCGAGAUUGAGCAUUUUAUCCACAUCAUCACUGGAGUGGCCGUCUUCCUGGGUGUUACUUUCUUCAUCCUCUCUCUCAUCCUCGGCUACGGCUGGCUGGAGGCUGUCAUCUUCCUGAUUGGUAUCAUUGUCGCCAAUGUGCCAGAAGGUCUCCUGGCUACCGUCACUGUGUGUCUGACCCUGACUGCUAAGCGUAUGGCCAAGAAGAACUGCCUGGUGAAGAACUUGGAAGCUGUCGAGACUCUGGGCUCCACCUCCACCAUCUGCUCAGACAAAACUGGCACCCUGACCCAGAACAGAAUGACCGUAGCCCACAUGUGGUUUGAUAAUCAGAUCCAUGAGGCCGACACCACUGAGAACCAGAGCGGUACCUCUUUUGACAGGAGCUCACCCACCUGGGCUGCUCUGUCUAGAAUCGCCGGACUCUGCAACCGUGCCGUCUUCCUGGCUGAGCAGACCAACAUUCCCAUUCUGAAGAGAGAUGUCGCUGGUGAUGCCUCAGAAGCUGCCUUGCUGAAGUGCAUUGAGCUGUGCUGUGGAUCUGUUAUGGAUAUGAGACAAAAAUACCCAAAGAUUGCUGAGAUCCCCUUUAAUUCCACAAACAAAUACCAGCUCUCCAUACAUAAAAACACAACCCCUGGGGAAACCAAGCAUCUGCUGGUGAUGAAAGGAGCUCCAGAGAGGAUUUUGGACCGCUGCUCCACCAUCAUGAUCCAGGGCAAAGAGCAGCCUCUGGAUGAUGAGCUAAAAGAUGCUUUCAGUAAUGCCUAUGUUGAGUUGGGAGGCCUUGGAGAGAGAGUACUGGGUUUCUGCCUUUAUCACUUGCCUGAUGACCAGUUCCCAGAAGGCUUUGCUUUUGACACUGAUGAGGUGAACUUCCCCACUGAGAACUUGUGCUUCAUUGGCCUCAUGGCUAUGAUUGACCCUCCUCGUGCUGCUGUGCCUGAUGCUGUUGGUAAAUGCAGGAGUGCAGGAAUCAAGGUCAUCAUGGUCACAGGUGACCAUCCAAUAACAGCCAAGGCGAUUGCUAAAAGUGUGGGUAUCAUCUCUGAAGGCAAUGAGACUGUUGAAGACAUUGCUGCCCGCCUGAAUGUUCCAGUUUCAGAGGUCAACCCCAGGGAUGCUAAGGCCUGCGUUGUCCACGGUGGUGAGCUGAAAGAGAUGACUCCACAGCUGCUUGACGAUUUGCUGCAGCAUCACACAGAAAUUGUAUUUGCCAGGACCUCCCCGCAGCAGAAACUGAUCAUCGUGGAAGGAUGCCAGAGACAGGGCGCCAUUGUGGCCGUGACAGGUGACGGUGUGAACGACUCUCCAGCUCUGAAGAAAGCUGACAUUGGCGUCGCCAUGGGGAUCGCUGGUUCUGAUGUCUCCAAGCAGGCCGCCGACAUGAUCCUGCUGGACGAUAACUUUGCCUCCAUUGUAACUGGAGUGGAAGAAGGCCGUCUGAUCUUUGAUAACUUGAAGAAGUCCAUCGCUUACACUCUGACCAGCAACAUCCCCGAGAUCUCACCCUUCCUCCUCUUCAUCAUCGCCAACAUCCCUCUGCCCCUCGGAACCGUCACCAUCCUCUGUAUUGAUCUGGGAACUGACAUGGUCCCCGCCAUCUCCCUGGCUUACGAGAAGGCUGAGAGCGACAUAAUGAAGAGACAGCCUAGAAACCCGAAAACAGACAAGCUGGUGAAUGAGAGGCUCAUCAGUAUGUCCUAUGGACAAAUUGGUAUGAUGCAGGCCACAGCUGGCUUCUUCACGUAUUUUGUCAUCCUGGCUGAAAAUGGUUUCCUCCCCUUGGACCUGUUGGGACUCAGAGUGCACUGGGAUAACAGAUAUUUCAAUGAUCUGGAAGACAGCUAUGGACAGGAGUGGACGUACGAAAGCAGAAAGAUUGUAGAGUUCACCUGCCACACAGCUUUCUUCACCAGUAUUGUGGUUGUCCAGUGGGCUGAUCUGAUCAUCUGUAAGACCAGGAGGAACUCUAUUGUGCAGCAAGGAAUGACAAACCGCAUCCUCAUCUUUGGGCUCUUUGAGGAGACGGCUCUUGCUGCCUUCCUAUCAUACUGCCCGGGCAUGGAUGUUGCCCUCAGAAUGUACCCCAUGAAGCCAAUGUGGUGGUUCUGUGCCUUCCCCUACUCCCUCCUCAUCUUCAUUUAUGAUGAAGUCAGAAGAUAUAUCCUCAGAAUCAACCCAGGAGGUUGGGUGGAGAAAGAGACAUACUACUGAGCCAACACAACAGACACAGGACACAGGAGUGCGUGUUUCAUAUGCUACACAUUUGUUCGACAUGUCAGACCACUAACAACACAAAGCAUGGUUAGAUUAGGAAUGUACUCAUGGAUGUACGGCCAUUACAAUAAAACAUUGACAUUG